AUGUUCUUUGACGAGGAGGAGGACGAGCUGCUCAGUGAAGCUCCGCACAGCAUCUUUCCGGGUCAGAGCAGGUGCGGGGGCUCUCAGAAGAAGAACAAGACGGAGACGAGCUGCUGCUCUGCUCUCGGCCAGCCCAUGGAGCUAUCUGCCUGCUCCUCUGACCUCAGCCAUGAAACAGCAGCGAGUUGUCAGGCCCAGCUCUCGCCGCAUGGCGCUUUCUCGUCCCAGGCUCUCCCCAUGAUAUGUGAACGAUCUUCUUCCUUCUCAGGCUCAAGACGGAGUGGGAGGAGCAGGUAUCAGCCGCUGUCCCUGGCACUCGCCAACGACCAUGGAGCUGAAGUAGCUCCUUCCCUUGCUCGGGUGAACGAUUCCAGGACUUACCUUCUUUCACCUGGUCAGUCUGCCGUCUAUGCUCGUCGACGAGCAGCCAAGGCGGCGCUGGGGAGUGACGGGGAGAGCAUGGAGGAGCAGAAGGAGAGGAAGCGAGUGAUGCCGGAGAGCGAAGACUACUUUGGCGGAGAAGAUGAAUCGUAUCCCGAGCCAAAGCCGGAUUAUGACGAGUUUUCAUUGAUCGGGAAGGAGAGCCCGCGGUACGGGGUCGAGUGCCAGCAGCUAGACGAGCUUCUCCUCUCUCGCGGUGAGCUCAAUUCUCGUCAGGAUCGCCUGGAGAUCCUGACGAGAUUGCUGGAAGACGACGAGGCUUUCUAUGCAAGAGUUCAAAGUGGAGAACUUUGCAAGAAUCUUGCUUCUUUCAUACAGAGCGCAGAGGUGGUCGAACUUCUCAUCGAAGGUAUGCUGGGCAUGGAAUCGUUAUCCUCUCCGGAGGCCAAGGACGAGACUGAAACCUCGGAGUCCUCGUGUAUUCGCCCCGACCAAGGGAACAAGAUCAGCCACAUGAACUCUUUUCAUCGCCUCCCUGCUCUUGCCUGCGAGCUGAUCUGCGGCCCUCACGCGUACGGCUCCUUCUGCAUGAAGACGAUCGCAGACAGCGGGGCUCUCAUGCGCAAGGUUGUGCACUUCCUCCGAUACUGCACCGCGACGGUGGAGCAGGGCAGCGAGUCUAGGGAGCAGGACAAGCAGCUGGUGGGUCAGCUGGAGUUUCACUGCAUGCUUUGGUCCCGCCUGUGCAUCAGCUUUGUCUCCGGGGGGAGCGACUCGCCUUGUCUCGUGAAGUUCCUUGAAGCUCUUCAUGCCGACACUCGCUCCUUCAUCUCUUGUGCGCACAAGUUGCUCUGGCUGCCCUGCGUCUCCGCGAUGUUUGAGCAAGCAGUGCAGGCAGACAGGGAGCGCCUCAACAUGUGGGUCGAGUCUGGUGUCGUCAGCAUGCUUCUUUCGUCCUUGAACGGAGAUCCGGUCGAGAUUGACAGCUGCAGGAUGGUGGCACAGCAGAGCUGCAAGAAGACCUGCCGGGCGGAGGCUGCUUCAGGUGUCUUGGUUUCCCUGCUGACCCCUAGCGGGAAGGGCGAGGCUCUACAAUGCUUCGAGAAGGAAGACUUCAUCGCCUGCGUCCUCGAGCUCUGCCACCAGCACACCCUCCAGACCCCGCCCAUCAUCGCCGGGCUCGCUAGUCGAGGCUCGCGAGUCUUGUGCCACCUGGAGGACGAGGAGGACGAGGAAACCUGUCGGAUGACUUUGACCGCCGAUCGACCCUCACGCCUCUUGUCAGGCAUGCAGCAGCACUUCACCCCGAGCGGCUUAUGCGCCCUUUAUCUUCUCAACGUCUUUGCUCAGAUACAGAUCAUACGAGAAAACCAUCCAGCUGGGGUGCAGUUUGAGACUCUGCUGAAUCAUGUCGCGAUGCGAACUCUGAUGCUCUACAAGCAGUCCAGGAGCAGCUGUAUGAUCCACCUGCGAGCUGUCGACCUGAUGGUGCACCUGACCAGCAGACUCAGCGGUUCGCCAAUGCUCGUGACAUGUCGCCACUCCUCACUCUCAUCCGGAAAUGCGACCUCUUGGGACAUUUGUCAAGCGCUCUGGGGGUCGCUCGUCAGGAGUCCAGCUGGCCGUCAGCAAGCUGCUCUCGAGCUCACCUGCCGCAGCUUGUCAAGGCGAGUGCGAUGUGUGCAGAAGAGGCCCGAGGGAAAGGAUCUCAUUCUUCUGCUCUCCGCGAGCUCAGUGUGGCCUAAGGUAGCAGGCAUGGGGGCCGGAGGAGAAAACUAG